UCCAGCCCUGGCACCCCACCUUCAGACUGCCAGAGCGCACCGCUGCCUGCUGCCUGCCGCCGCUGAGGGAUCCCAGCACCAUGAAGGCCUGGAUCUUCUUUCUCCUUUGCCUGGCCGGGAGGGCCUUGGCCGCCCCUCAGCAGCAGCAGGAAGCCCUGCCUGAUGAGACAGAAGUAGUGGAGGAGACGGUGGCUGAGGUAUCCGAGGUACCCGUGGGCGCCAACCCCGUCCAGGUGGAAGUGGGAGAAUUUGAAGAAGGUGCCGAGGAAGCUGAAGAGGAGGUGGUGGCCGAAAACCCCUGCCAGAACCACCACUGCAAGCACGGCAAGGUGUGCGAGCUGGACGAGAGCAACACCCCCAUGUGCGUGUGCCAGGACCCUACCAGCUGCCCUGCCCCCAUCGGCGAGUUUGAGAAGGUGUGCAGCAAUGACAACAAGACCUUCGACUCUUCCUGCCACUUCUUUGCCACCAAGUGUACCCUGGAGGGCACCAAGAAGGGCCACAAACUCCACCUGGACUACAUCGGACCCUGCAAAUACAUCCCCCCAUGCCUGGACUCCGAGCUGACUGAAUUCCCCCUGCGCAUGCGGGACUGGCUCAAGAACGUCCUGGUCACUCUGUACGAAAGGGAUGAGGACAACAACCUCCUGACCGAGAAGCAGAAGCUGCGGGUGAAGAAGAUCCACGAGAACGAGAAGCGCCUGGAGGCUGGAGACCACCCCGUGGAGCUGCUGGCCCGGGACUUCGAGAAGAACUACAACAUGUACAUCUUCCCUGUGCACUGGCAGUUCGGCCAGCUGGACCAGCACCCCAUUGACGGGUACCUGUCCCACACCGAGCUGGCCCCCCUGCGUGCGCCCCUCAUCCCCAUGGAGCACUGCACCACCCGCUUUUUCGAGACCUGCGACCUGGACAAUGACAAGUACAUCGCUCUGGACGAGUGGGCCGGCUGCUUCGGCAUCAAGGAGCAGGACAUCGACAAGGAUCUCGUGAUCUAAACCCACAGCUCCCUCCGCAGUACCGGACUCUCUCUCUCUAACUUUCCCUCCCGUUUCCCACAAAGUUUAAAAUGUUUGGAUGGUUUAUCGUUCUGCCUGGGGACAAGGUGCUAAUAUAGACGUCAAUGAACACAUUAACGGUGCUAAAAAUGGAAACUGUAACAACCCAAGUCAUGACAUUCUCAGUUGUAGCUCAGCCUCUUGCUCACCCACUAACGGUCCCGUCUUUCUCUGGCCGCUUGAGGCGCUGUCCAUUGUCUUAGUGACACGCGGUGGGGACUUUGAUCUGCUCACAUCUGCCUGCGACACAUUCUGCAUCUCCAGACUUGCUCUCGUCUCCCUGCUUCAAACUAAUGCUCACCAAGUUAGACUUUGGUGUUCAUUUUAUUUCAGGGUGUUGGCUGUGGGGGGGGGGUCCCCAUAUGGCCAGAAGGUGGACAAAGGAAAGUAACAGACACGUGAUAUUGGCGAGAAUGUUCCUGGGACUAGAGGACCAGUGGUGGGAGGAAAACCCGCCGGAACAGCAGGCGACCAGUCCGCCAGCCCGGGGCUGUGUUCAAGUCCGCAGGCUCCCGGUCCUCUCCGAUUCCCCUCCUCUCUCAGUGACGCUUUCUUCCCCCACCUUAGGCUGUUCGUUCAAACUUUUGGGAACGGUGGGCCAUUAGUUCUCUAGAAUCCACCAAGCCUCGGGGGGUGGGUCACCACACCCCACUAACUGUCUUUGGGAGAGGCAGGGCCGGGAAGAUGUUUUAGCCAGGGAAGCCCAAAUCCAGAGUGAGCUGUUGAAAGUUGUAAAAUAGAAAAGUGGAUUUAGUGAAUUGGUUUUAUUUUCUUAGGUUUUUUUUUUUUUUUUCUUUUCAUUUUUUGGAUGGCUGUCAUGAUGGGUCUUUUCCUUGGUUUCUAGCAUGUUUCUCCUUUCCCCCUCCCCCCCUUUCUUCUGCUAAUCAAGAGAAACUUCAAAGGCAAUGGGAUGGUCAGAUCUCACAGGCUGAGAACGUCACCUCCAAGCAUUUCAUGAAGAAGCUGCUUCGUAUUAAUCGUGCAGGCUCUCGCCGGGAUGUGGCGAGUCUGACAAACCUUUCAAAAUAAAAGUAACGACUUAGA